AUGAAUAUCAAAACAUUAUCGCUUCAUCUCGAGGAUGAACCGCCAUCUCCAACUAGAUGUGAGACUGAGACUAGCGAAGAAAAGGCGUCGCCCCAGUCUCCAUCUACGCUUUCAGAGGAGCUAGGAGAAAUAGUGGAGUUGCCGACUUUGGACAACGAGUUGAAGAAAGAUUUGGCGUUGUUCGACUCGUUGGAAGGGCUAGACUGGAUGCCUCCAUGGUUAGAGGCUACCCAAGAAGAGUUUACGUACCCACUUUUCCAAGAAAGCUUGUGGAAAUAUGAGUAA